AUGUCUUCCAGCAAUUCCAACACGGGUACCAACCGGCCCAAACAACCACCGUCUACGCAAACAACGAACACUUCCUCUACAAGUAUGAAACGAUCCAAUACAUCAACGAACGCAUCAUUGGCACAAUCAUCAAAUACAUCAUCGGGAAGUACCGGAAGCAAACUAUCAUCAGGAUUAAAUAGUGCUUGGAAUAUGGUCAAGAAGGGGAUUGAAGGUUCAUCCAGCUCUAGUAAUUCCUCUUCAUCACAAGCAUCAUCAUCAAAUAAUCAAAAUGCAGCCUCUGCUUCUUCGGGAGUCACAAUAUCGGUGGAAGAAUUUCAAGUAUUAAAUCAACAAAUACUGGAAUUAAAGAAAGCAAAAUACGAACAAAUGCAGCAAAUUAAAUCCUUUGAAAAACAAAUUGCUAAUGGAAAUGAAAUGAUGAAAUUGCAAAAUGAGCAAAUGGAAGCAUUAAAAUUAAAUUUAAAGAAUAUUUAUUUGGAAAAGGAACAAUUAGAGAAAGAAAAGGUCGAGUUGACGAAUCAACUCAAAGAUGCGCUAAAAAUCAAUCAAGAAAAGAAUGAUGAGGUAGAGAGACUGAAAAAUCAAAUUGAGCUUCAACAACAGACUAUUCAAACAUUGACCAUUAGUUACGAUCUCAUGAUAUCCAAUGUUAAAAGCGACUCGGAAAAGGAAAACGUAGAACCUAACAAUGAUAAUAUUGCCACAAGUGCCUCAUCCAGCAAAGAAAUUACCAACAUUACAGAGGAUCAACAGGUUCCUCCCACCGAAGAAGUUGCCAUUGCUGACAAUGAACAAAAGGAUCAAGUUUCAUCUCAAAACGAAGAUGGAACAGUAGCAACUUCAACUGAGCCAUCAUCACCUCAACAUCAUUUGGAUUUAAUCGCCAAAGAUAAGAGAAUAUCAGAAUUGGAAACUCUCAAUCAACAACUGAAUGUACAGGUGUCACAGCAGUCACACAAAAUUCAACAGUUACAACUAGUUCAACAACAAUUUUUGCAACAAACUCAACAACUACAACUGCAAAUUCAGAACCAUACAUUGACCAUUCAACAACACAAUCAAAAAGCACAAGAACAAGAAAAUCUUUUGAAAGAGGAGAAGAAUAUCACGUCACAACUAACAAAAGACCUUUCAGAUAUUAAGGAACAGCUGCGAAUGACCACAGAUGAACUUCUACAAGCCCGAUAUCAUUUACAGGUCCAAACAACACAACUUGUACAACAUGAAGAAAAAUCAAAGCAGCUGGAAAAAGAAAAGAGCAUUUUACAAGGACAACUGGAAGAGUGUAAAAUAGAGUUGGACAAUUGCAAGAUUGAUCUCACUACCGAACGAAACGACCAUCAAAAACAGAUUGAACAAUUCAAAAUUGAAAACGAUAUUUACAAACAUCAGCUUGAACAGUCCAGGAACGAGUACAAACAUGUUACCGCCGAGAUGGAACAAGUUCAAUCUCAAUCACAAGGAUGGAAGGAAAAAUUCACCAAAAAACAAGAAUUGGUUAUUGAUUUACAAAUGAAAAUUCAAGAAAAGAAGGAGCAAACUGAAAAAAUGAUGGCUCAAUUUGAAAAGGUAGAAUCCCAAUACAAGGAAAAAAUAGCUAAUUUAGACAAUCAAUUAUUUCAAGCCAAUCAAGCAAAAGAACAACUCAAGAAAGAAUGUCUUGAGCUUCAAAGAAGAAUUAAGCAUGAUUAUGAACCAUACCAGGAGAAGGGUAAAAUAUAUGACGAGACGAAAAAGCAAUUAGAUCAACUUAAAAAUGAUUAUUUGGAGUUGGAAAGAAAAUACGAUACGAUCAAAACAAAGAAUAUUGAUUUAAAUGUGAAAAAUAAUUCUCUGGAAGAACAAAUUGCAAAACACUCGGAAUAUAUUUCGAGUUUGGAACAACGAAACAAGGAACAACACCAAGAAAUCAAAACUCUGACCAAACUCAACGACAAACUCUAUCAAAAAUUCGAACAGUUGGAUCGAAAAUUUAUUUCAUUCUUUGUCAAUGACAUUUUCAACAAUCUUUGCACCACAGAUUUCAAGUCAAGAUAUGAAAAUGCACGCGAUACACUCUCUCAACUUUCACACCUUCAAGACGAAUAUGACGAAUUGAAACAAAAAUAUCAAGACGAGAAGCUCGAGCUCCAACUUCAACUGAAAAAAUUGAAAAAUCUCAAUACGGAUCUCAAGAAACAGCUCGAAGAAACACUCAGAGUGAAAAUUUCAACCCCUUCGACACCUCGUGAUUUGCAAGAGUAUGUCCAAUCGAAUCCAUCUCCCACCUCUCUUAACAGUGCAUCACCUCAAUUGGAGGAAGUACCCUCUGCUGAAACAGAAGCGCUGUUAAGUCAAUUACAGAGUGACAAUGCAGUGCUAUUGGAACGAAUUGGAGUUUUGCAACAAACGAAUUGGGAUUUGCAAGAGAAACUUCGACUCAUCAAUGACCGACAAAUUGCUCUAGUGGAUGACUUGGAAAAAAAGCAAUCGCUUUUGGAACACUUUUAUUCACAAAUACCACUUGGAAGAUUUACAUCACCAGAGCAAGAGAAUGUUAAUAGUAAGAGCUUGCUGUCUUCCUUCUUUUCGUCCUCAAACUCAUCAAAGAAGGAAGCAAGUCCUCACAAGGCCUCUCUUUCGAAUCAAGGAUUGGAUCCUAUUUCAUUAGAAGCCUAUCACCACAUGCAACAAGUCAUGCAAGAUACCCUUUUACACAACAUAACACUUCAAAAGCACAUUGAAAUGCUAGGAGAAGAAGUGGACAGGUUAUCUAAAAAACUGGUGAAUACAUCUAAGCCUUAA